UUGACAUUCAAUUACCCCUCUUCUUCCUCGAAAUGCCUGUUUACAUUUUCAACUCGGAAGCUUUAACAAACAAUCAAACCCAGUGAAGAUCAAUGGUUGUUUUAAUUUAAUAAUGAUAAACCUAUAAAAGGAUUAACUUGAUAUCCCAUACGACAUUUCUAACUCUACUUAAAUCUCUACCUUUAAUAGUUCUUCCAAAUCCUUCAUGAACGAAAAAUCAAAAGAAGGAUUGAUUUGCUAAAACAAGUGGAAGAAUUUUCUUAUCAUCAUUAUCCUUAACAGAUUCAUCACCAAUCACUAUCUCUCUUUUGUUCUUGUCUUUAAUAACUGAGCCCAAUCUGGUUCACUGAUAACUAACUGUCCAGUAUUUGUGCCGAUCAAAAAAAAAAGAUCUAGUAUUUGUAUUUAUAGUCGAUUAUUAGUAGCUUUGGAUGAGCUUUUCAAAGUACUACAAAUCGGUUUCUUCACAACUCUGGUAUUGUAUUAUUAUCCUAUUUCUGUCAGAUGUCUGGUAAAAUCUUAGCUGUGUGACUCAAGUUCUACUUUAGACUCGAGCCCCGAUUCGUGAAUUCGCGAAUCUCAAACUUUUCCGGUCGUUGCGAUCGGUGGAAACCUUUGGAAUCAUCAACGACGGUAAUCCUAGCAAACCAAAGAACGGUCAACCUGACCACGUGGCAGUCGGUUUAAGACUUUAAGUCGCCUUUAUAUAGUUGCAUCUGAAUUCUGAACAUCCGCUUCAUCUGUGGGCUUUAUCUUAGUCAGAUUAAGCGGGAGGAAACCAAAAAAUUGAUUAAUAAUCAUAUAGUAAUGGCGAACUGCGACGGUUCAUCAUCCUUCACUAUAAUACCAGAAGAUGAAGUAGCUGAAGAAGAACUUCUCUCGGAGUAUGGGUCUGGCUCAGGUUGGGUUGAAGCUCUAACUUCUUGCGAUCACUUGAAUUCAUUAUCAUCCCAACUUUCUCAGAUUCCAACUCCAGAUACUCCUUGCAACAAGUGUGAUAACGUAGUCGAAAAUUGGUUAUGUUUGUGCUGUAAGGAAGUGCUUUGCAGUCGCUUCGUCAACAAACAUAUGCUUGAGCAUUAUCAAGAACAAAACCAUUGUUUAGCGCUGAGCUACAGUGACUUGUCAGUUUGGUGCUUCUCCUGCAAUGCAUACUUAGAUGCUCAAGUGAUUGUAGAAUUGCGGCCAGUUUAUGAAAUUGCUUACCGCAUGAAAUUUGGAGAGGUGCCACCAGUAAGAAGUUCAUCAGGGUCUGGAAACGAUGUUGGAGGUUCAUCAGCUAGUUAGCUCUAAAAUACAGAGUGCUGUAGCCUGUAGAUGAGGCAGCAAUGAAGUUCCUUACCCCAUCUCUUUUUGUUCUGUAGUAGUCAAACUCGUAUUGUGAACAAGUUGAUACUCUUUUUACCAGUAUGUUUAAUAUAUUACUGAAAGCUCAAACCAGUUCAAACCCA